UUUUAUGUGAUGUCUUUUCUUAGAUGGCGCCAAACAAGAAGGGCGGUGAGAAAAAGAAGGGGCGUUCUGCCAUCAACGAGGUUGUGACCAGGGAGUACACCGUCAACAUCCACAAGCGCAUACAUGGCGUGUCCUUCAAGAGGAGGGCACCUCGCGCUCUCAAGGAGAUCCGCAAGUUCGCCAUGAAGGAGAUGGGAACCCCUGACGUACGCAUCGACACUCGCCUGAACAAGGCUGUUUGGACCAAGGGUGUGAGGAAUGUCCCAUACCGUAUGCGCGUGCGCCUGUCAAGGAAACGCAAUGAAGACGAGGACUCUCCCAACAAACUGUACACCCUCGUCACAUACGUCCCUGUCACAACAUACAAAGGUCUGCAGACAGUCAAUGUGGAUGAGAACUAAUUAUUCACUGGUGUUGAAAUAAAUGAAUAAAAUAAA